AUGAAGCAAUUCAUAUGUGUGUUGCUAUUCUUAGGAGUGAUGGGAUCUGAUUUAGAAAGUACAAUAAAAGAAAUGAGACAAACAGAAUUCGGUCGAUCCUUUUUAGAGAAAAUACAAUUGAUAGAUCCAGUUGAGAAGAUAAUCAGGGACAUUGCCAACUUUUACAAUAGUGUGGACAGAAGAUUGGAGGAAGGAGUGCAACAGUUCAAACAAUCACAGGAGAAAUGCAAUUAGGAGAUAAAGGAAUUGAAGACUAAUGAUGAUGAGUUGAAUCGAAAACUAAGAGAUAUUCAAAUAACCAGGGCACGUAAAUAACCUCGUUAUGAUCUAAUAAUCCAUCGAUUUCAUCAGAAAAAUAAGAUGAGACAAGAACUUGAUCACUAAGAAACCAGAUAUAUUGAAUUGAGAGAAGCAGAAUAAUCUUUUUUCAAUUACAAUCAAGAUUAACUGGAUAAAGCUAUGGUGGUUAUAGUGGAAAUCAGGAAUAAAUUUAUUGCUUACUUGUCGUUGAGAUAGAAUAGACAGCGAAAGGCUGCAGUUAGAGACAAUUAGUACUGGGAUGACGAUGAAACUCCAUUUAAUGAUGAUGAUUAUGAUGAAGAGGAGGAGGAAAGACAACAUAAUGAGAAGUAUGCCUUCAUUCAAAUUAUUGUGGCUAUUUAAAGAGUCAAGACUGGAUUAGAAAUGAAUGGAGUUACUCAAUUGGUUUAAGGCAUUGAGGAUUUAUGUUAGCAGAUGCAUGAUAUCAAGGAAGGAAACAUUAUCUAUGAUGAUUCAGAAGAAACUCUCAACAAAUUGGCUAGCUAAGUCAUUGAUAUCACAUCAAGUGUUUUAGAUUGGAUUGCCUAAGUGAAGAGGAGGGAGGAGAAAGCUGAUGAUAGCAAAGGAGAUGUAAUUAUCUAGACCUUGAAAUUGAUUAACAAACAAAAACAAUAGGCUGAUCUAGAAAUCGCACAAUUAGGCAAUGAAUCUGCUGCCUUAAGUUAGCAAUUGAGUUCUUUGGAGUAGAGUGAGGAUUUGACCAGAUUUUCAAUUAACAACAGCAAAGACUUACUCUAAACAAAGAUUGAAAUGUGCAAUGAUUAGGAGGCAGCUUAUAAGAUGGAAAAAAGAUAACUGGAAGAAUAAUUGAAUACUGUUGGGUUACUGUUGGAGGCUAUGGAAUAGAAAGGAGGAUAGUUUAAGAGAGUUAUGAAGACUUUGGAAGGAGUGGCCGAUUACAAAUGAUUCUGCAUCUAGAUAUAAUAAAUUAUUUAAUUAUAAAUUAA